AUGAAGUUCACCACAGCAUCCGCAUCUACCGUGUGCGCCUUGGCUCUGAUUAGCAGCGCAGCAGCUGCGCCCGCACCUGCUGCCACUCCAGCUCCCGCCAAGCUUCUCUUCAGAAGGCAAGGUGAGAAGUCAAGCCCUUGCAAUCUUAAUCCUCGUGUGCAAUCUAUUGACCGAAUAGUGACAUUCGUAUGCUCUCCUUGCAGACGGCGGCAUGACUGGAUUCGUCAAUAGUGAUAUUCUCCAGAACGGCAUUUCUUUUCCAGAUGCAGGCUCCAUCGCAUCGGCAGCGCAAGCGUCCGCAUCCUCCAUCGCAGCGGGAGCUCAAGCGUCCGCAUCCAGUCAAGAGGCGGCGCUCACGACGCGAUCCACCACAGCGCCCAUCGCAUCUGGUACGAACAUUUCAAAGCCGAACAAUGCUACUUGCAGCACCGUCAACAACGACACCGUGUGCUGCCCCUCUGGCUACAGCAUCGUGAAUCAAAAGUGCUACCAGAGCGUGGAUGGUAAUGAUGCCAUCAUCAACAACACUGGCGGCAGCAGCAGUAGCACAAGCGACAGCAAUGGCAACGUGAGCAGCAGUGGAGCCUCCAGUGGUGGCAGCAACAGCAGCAGCAGCUCUUCUUCCUCGGACAAGAAGGGCAACAGCGCAGCCUCUGUCAAGAGCACACCAGCAGUGGCCCUUGCAGUCUCGUUGCUCGGCACUGCAUACUUCUUCCUUUGA